AUCAUGGGUGCCUUGUGGAUGGCAAGGCUACGGCUUCCAGCUCGUGCUUCAUGCCUCGAUCCCAGGAAGACCAGAUCCAGUUCCAGCUGGAGGCCUUUAUGUUCCAGGAAGGGUACAGUCCUUCUAUCUACAUAACGUGUAUUCUGAAGGCCGCUUCUGCACCUAGUGAUACUCUCCGCAAAUCUUGUUCCUUUGCCAAUGGGUGGUUUGCUGCUGAUGGGAACCACCAGGUUUGUGGUUGCUGUGACUCAACAUGUGGUCCUGAUGGUGGAAUUGCUGCUUCUCCUUUUGGAGGCGUUCAGUGGGAAGGCAAGGCCUCACUCGGUCCUGUAAUGGUUCAAGAGCGACGGAAGACUUUAGCUGGUUUUCAAUAAACGGGGGUGGAAAAGCCUA